AGGGGCUUCCACAGAGUUCGACUUUCGCGAACAGGACCAAAGCAAGUCACUGUACAAGAAAAUAUUUUGAUUCUAGUAAGCGAAGGAAUUUUGAAGCGAUGAGUGCGGUCACAGUUGUUGGACAUUUGAGGGAUCUAGCAGCGGAUCCAUUAAACAGGGCCACUAUUGUUAAGGACCAAGGAUGUCUUUCUGGGCUGGUUUUGUUCCUCGAUAAUGAAGAUAAAGAUGUAGUCAAGACUGCUUUAGAGGCAUUGAAUUUCCUGGCAGACUACCAGCCAAAUCGUUCACAAAUGCGAGAUGAAAUUGGAAUGGUAGUAAGUCUUAAAGCCAUUAUAAAUGAUGAACAGAAUGGAUUACCACUCCGCAGGAUGGCAAAACAGGUCUACAACAAGAUCAUUGCGCGGCCGCAAAAUAAGGCCCCACCUAGACCAGCUGGCCAAAGGGGACCAAAUCCUUUCUUCCUUGGAACAUCAAAUAAGAAAGCCAAGUUAAUGACACUGCAAAUUAGAGGUCUUACCACAGUAACAAGGAGAAUGUGUGAGGAACAUAUGGUCAAAACGAAAGGUGUAAUAAGCUUCACUUUUGACAUGAAAAGGUCGAGAAUGAUUGUACGCUGUAGACCAGAAUUGACUCCAGAAUCUCUAUGUGAAAUAAUUAACCAAACAAAACUACUAACAGCACAACAAGUGGUCAGAAAUGAGAAGGGUGAAGAGGCAGUGUUGUCGUUUGGUGCUAUCCCCUCUUGCAAUGUUGACAAGGGUAGUGGAAGCGGUCAUCCAUUACCAGACUACCUCCCUGAAGAUGACGACAUGCCAGAAACAUCAGACAAGGCUAUAUCAAGAGUAGGUGGAGAAGACAAAGAGAAUGGAUGGUUUGGUAGCGUAACCAGUUUUAUAAGCAAGUCCUUGUACUGGUAAACGAAAGGAACAGAAGCCUGUACUACUCAACUGGAAUCAAAGCAAGUACUUUGACUGGCGAAAAUUUAUUGUACAUAUGAAGCUGUGACCAAAUGAGAACAUUUUGAUUAGAUCGUUUUAAUUUUUUUAAUAUUUUUUACCACUACAUGCUACUAGCGAAAAGCUGUGAAAAACUUAUGAGAUUUCAAAAAUUUAAGUAUUUUUCGCAUUUUUUAAUCCAAGUGGCAACCAACCAACCCCUUCCCCCCAACCCUUCACACACAUUGUUACCAAAAAAUGCUCAGAUCAUUGAGUGGACAUAACUCUCCCUACUUCUUUUUGGAAUGAGCAUGUCUGGCCACAUAAUUGACAAUGACUAGACAUCAAGUUGUUUUUACCACAGCACAAGAUUAUAAUGACCUAGAUUUGUGUAAAUAUACGAGUGAGUCAAAGCAGAGUGUAAAUAAAAACCUUUGUUUUGAGUGAA